UUUAUAUUUUCGAAAACUAAACCAGAACUUAUUCUCUGUUGUUGUGAGGGGAAUAUUUAAGGGAGUGUGUGUAAUUUAUUGUUUCAUACUUAAAAGACUGAUAAGUAUUCUUAUAAAUCCAAAGAAGUCAUUCUUUAUUGAAUUGCUUUUAUAUUGUUGUUAAGUGUAAUUUAAAAUUUUUAAAUUCUCAAAACAAUGGCUGUAGCUUGCGCGUCGCGAUUUGCAGUAUUAAAACUUGAAGAUGAUGAUAUGGAUGAACCUGUUACUAAAAAACCAAAUGCAUCCAACGCCCAGACUAAUGCACAGGGAAAUAAAAACAAGGCAAAUGCGAAGGGUGGAUCAAACGAACAGAAGUCUAAAUCAAAGAAGAAAAAGAAGACUUCCAAUGAAAUUGCUGAACUUCAAAAUCUUGCUUUUGCUGGUCAUAGCAACAAAUCGAAGAACAAAUCCUCUUCUCAGAAUUCCAAAAGCAAUCAAGUUAGCCAAAAACAAUGGGAAGAAUGGAAAGCCAAAGAUAGUGAGUUUGUUUCAGAAACAUAUGAACAAGACCUCCAAGAAGCUUUAUUAUUAAGCAAAAUAGAUUAUGAAGAAAAGAAAGAUGUAUAUGAUGCCUUUAAGAAAGAAGCCGAACAAAAUAAACUUAAUAUUAAUAAAAAGAAGAAGAAAAACAACCAAAAGAAAGACAAAGGCACAAUGAGUUUAGAUGAGUUCCAAAACAUGGGUUCAGCAGAGAUGGAUACAGGAAAUUAUAUGAAAGGAAAUUUAGAUCUAGAUGAAUUUGAUGUAAUAGCCCAUAAGCCAAUGCCUACAGAAGAAACAGAUUUCUUUGAUAAGAUUGAGGAAGAUGUAGAAAAAAUAAUAACGAAAGAACAAAGACAGGAGCAAUAUAAAUCAUUUGAUCCUGUUAAGGAAUCUCCUUUGUUUUUACAAUAUAAGGAAGAAUUGAGAAAAAAAGAUGAAGAAAUAGCAUCUUUAAAUGAAAAAGUUAGCAAAUUAAAGGAGGAGUUAAAAAAUGUUAGAUCAAGAAAUAAAAAGCUAUAUGGAAUACUGGAGUCUGGAGAAAUGCGAGAGAAAGCUGAAAUACUAUUACAAAUUGAUCAACUUAUAAGUGUGAAAGACGAAUUAACAGAAGAACUAAAGGAAUACCAUACUGCUUUAGAACAAGAAAGGUCUAAAGUUCAUGCAUUACAAACAGAAUUAAAGAAAUAUCAGAACAGUAAAAAGCAGCGGACAGAGUCAAAAUGACAACCAUAAUGGUGACUUCAUCCUCAUGUGAUAAGAAAUUCAUCAGCAGAGUGUGUUUUAUUGUAAGGUCAUUCACAAGGAAAAUGUUUCUCUGCUUCCCUAUAUGCAGAUGAUGCAUGUGGAAUGAAAUUCUGUGGAUCUGCUUAAUGUCUCUUUGUGAUGGGAAUUGUAAUUUUCUUUAAAAAAAUAAACUGUGCUAUUUCA